GUUUUUAUGCGCAUGCGAAACCGCGCCUUAUGAAAUUAUAUUUUGUUCUCGCUGUUUGUAAGUGAGAUAAAUGGGAAAUUCUCAUUCUCCGAAGAAGUGCAUUUCCGAAGAAAUUGUUGAAUACCUGGAGACAGCCAAGAGAAACUAUCUUGAGAAAUAUCAUAAUCCAAGAAUUAGACCUGCUGCCUUAGAUGAAUUCAAACAGCUUAGAACACUUGGAACGGGAUCAUUUGGUCGAGUAAUGUUAGUUCAGCAUAAAAAGUCAUCCGACUUUUUUGCUUUAAAAAUACUUGAUAAAGCCAAAAUAGUGAAGCUUAAGCAAGUUCAACACACCUUAAAUGAGAAGAGGAUUUUACAAGCUGUCGAUUUCCCUUUCCUCAUUCAUUUGGAAUACAGUUUUAAGAAUGAAAUAUACUUAUUUUUAGGACUCGAAUAUGUAUCCGGUGGUGAAAUGUUCUCAUAUCUGCGGCGCAAAGGAAGAUUUAGUGAAUCUGCUGCACGCUUUUAUGCAAGUCAAGUAAUACUGGCUCUAGAAUACUUACACUAUUUGGAAUUAAUAUAUCGAGACUUGAAACCGGAAAACAUACUGUUGGAUCCCGCUGGCUACAUUAAGAUUGCUGAUUUCGGAUUCGUUAAACAUGUGAAAUAUAGAACCUAUACACUUUGUGGGACUCCUGAAUAUCUAGCUCCAGAGAUUAUUCAAAGUAAAGGUUACACAAAGGCUGUUGAUUGGUGGGCAACUGGUGUUUUAAUAUAUGAGAUGGUUGCCGGUCAUCCGCCGUUUUUCGCUGACGAACCAAUCGAAAUUUAUGAACGGAUCGUAAUCGGAAAAUAUAAAUUUCCAUCUCACUUCAGUUCAGAUUUGAAAGAUCUUCUGCGUAAUCUAAUUCAGUCUGAUUUGACCAGAAGAUUUGGCAAUCUGAAGAAUGGUGUACAAGAUAUUAAAUCUCACAAAUGGUUUUCUCAUUUGGAUUGGUUAAUGAUAUUUAAAAAAGAGGUUUCUGCCCCACUAAUUCCUAAUUGUAAGGGUCCUGGUGAUGCAACAAACUUCGAACGAUACAAGGAAGAACCAUUGAAGAAGAGUAGAAUUUGCAAAUUUGAAGCCGAAUUUGCUGAAUUCUAGAUGUCACGCAUCUUCCACAUAGAUGUUGCUGUUUCACUUGCUGUCAAAUUAUUUUUCACUUUUUCAAAUGAAAGCAAAACAUUUGAAAAUAUCUUCAUGUUUUCAAUUCAUUUUCUUCUUCUUCUUCUUCUUGAAUUUGCUAGCUUUCUCCUAUAUGUGGUCCAUUUCUUCUUAUUAACUUCAAUAUUUUGUCUAUCUUCAUUUCUCUCCCCCUUAAUGACCACUGCACAGUUCGCUUUUAAAAGGCAAUUUUGAGCUAUAGUUUCUCUGUUCAAACUGUAAAAGGUGGACGUAUCACCGCCAAAAUCAAAGUAAGCUUUCUCUAUCCAUCUUUAUUCUGAAUAUUAUAUUUCCAUACUUCUUAAAUAUCUCCUAAAACUGAUAUAAACAUAUAUGUGUGUAUAAACCGCUUUUUCGUUUGCAUUCUCUUUAUAAAAAAAAAUAAUCUAGUAUAAACAUGAAAAGCAAACAAAAGAGAGGAAGUGGAUUUGGUGUAUCAGUUAGCAAACUAUCAUAUAUUGUUAUAUUAUAUAACAAGAUUUUCAAGUAUUAUUUUGUACGAAUUCUUUGUAAUAACAAAAUCCAAGAGAAAAAACAUUAUUUCGUCUUGAAUAAAAAAAUGCAUUAAAAUAAAAUAGUA